AUGAAGUCUGUACACGAACCCGGUUUUAAAUCCACCACCAACACGGCGAAAAACCAUCCUUGUCAGUUUGAUGAGAUGCCUGUUGGUCCUGGUGACCCUGAUGUAGGGAGAAAGGAGGCAGGAAGAGAGGAGAAAAAGAGAAAGAAGUGCUUCUGGAGGUGGCCUUUUGGGCCUAGUGAGAGUGAAGGAGAGAAAAAGGAGGCAGGGAUAGAAGAGAAAAAGAAGAAGUGCUACUGGAAGUGGCCGUUUGGGCCUGAUAAAACUGAUGGAGGGAGAAAGGAGGCAGGGAGUGAGGAGAAAAAGAAGAAGAGCUUCCUCAAAUGGCCCGCUCUCCGCUUUCCUCUCAGCAAAACCGCAAAAUACGACCUGGUUAAGGCUGAGAAGGAGCUCAAGUGUGUGGCGGGAACAUAUCGGAGACAUGACAAUGCUCCAACUUUGAGGGUCCCUCCUUCUGCUAAGGAACAGCCAGAGCAGAACGUCCUGGACAAGGACUACAUUUUGAGGCGUUAUGAAAUCGGUCCCCAGCUGGGUCAGGGAGGAUUUGGCAUGGUGUAUGCAGGGACUCGCCGCGAGGAUGGACUCAAGGUGGCUGUGAAAUUUUCACUGAAGGCACCAGACAUGCCAUACAUUACAGUGCCUGGUCAUCCCAAAUGCCUCCCAUUGGAGAUCGGCCUGACAUUCAUGGCCAAUAAGGGCCCCAGCUCUCCUGAAAUCAUUAAACUCCUGGACUGGCAGGAAGACACUGACCACUACACCAUGGUCAUGGAGCGGCCCUUCCCUUGCAUGGACUUGUUUAGUUUCAUGGAGCUCCACGGAGGAACCCUGAACGAGCGCACGGCACGGCGCGUUAUGUGGCAGGUGGUUCGUGCCGCUAACGUUUGCUGUGAGAACGGUGUCUUCCAUCGGGACAUCAAACUGGAGAACCUGCUGGUUAAUCCAGACACCAUGGAGGUGAAGCUUAUUGACUUCGGUUGCGGCGCGCUCUUGAAAAAAUCAGCCUACAAAGUCUUCUGUGGCACAAGAGAGUACUUUCCUCCAGAGUUCAACUUCACCGGCAAGUACCAAGCAAAGCCGAUGACAGUUUGGUCACUCGGGAUCCUCCUGUUUGAAAUGGUGUGCGGGUUUUUACCCGCAGCUGAGGACCUGUUCAUGACCGCUGCCAACAUCUGGUCCAGUCCAGGCCUGUCACAAAAAUGCUGCGAGUUGAUUUGUGAUUGUCUGCAGCCUAAGCCAAAGAAGAGACUCGCUCUGGACAAGAUCCAUCUCCAUGACUGGUUUAAAGUACAGAGUCGAGAGCUUAGAGGUCAUGGAUUAAGACAUGGAGAGAACAUCAGAAAAUAACUCCUGUGAUGAACACCCUUGAUUUCUUUUCUCAGUCUGUUUUCCAUCUGCUGGACCAACAAGAGUGGCCUUUCCAACCCUCCAAGUCCUUGACUUAAAGCAGCAAGCUGCAAUUAAUAGUUAUUUGUAUAUCAUUAUUAUAUUUAUUUACUAAAAAAAUAUUUUGUAAAACAAAC